AUGCCCAUAGUGUCCCCCCAAACCCUGCUCCUCUGCCUGCUGGUCCUGGCAGUCAUGGAAGACCAGGGUCGGGAGGCAGCCAUCCCAGGCUGCCACUUGCACCCCAUCAACGUGACAGUGCGAAGUGACCGCCAAGGCACCUGCCAGGGCUCCCAUGUGGUACAAGCCUGUGUUGGCCACUGUGAGUCCAGUGCCUUCCCCUCCCGGUACUCUGUGCUGGUGGCCAGUGGCUAUCGACACAACAUCACCUCCGUCUCUCAGUGCUGCACCAUCAGCAGCCUGAAGAAGGUGAAGGUGCAGCUGCAGUGUGUGGGGACCCGGAGGGAGGAGCUCGAGAUCUUCACAGCCAAGGCUUGCCAGUGUGACAUGUGUCGCCUCUCACGCUACUAG